UCCCAGUUCAGGAGUAAAAUGACGACUUCCCAGGGAAGCAAACAUGGGUACCUCUCUGUGAAGGAUCUGGAAGACGUUUUGGACAGUUGCAAAUUACAGCUCACCCAGAUAGAUGAAGUGUGGCCAAACAUUUACAUCGGCAACGUGUCCGUAGCGCAGAACCGGACGGCCCUGCAGAAACUGGGCAUCACGCACAUACUGAACGCUGCGCACUCCAAGCAGGGCAGCAUAGGGGACCAGAAAUUUUACGGCAGCAAGUUUGUCUACUGCGGGAUUCCAGCGGACGACUCCUCUUACUUUGACCUGGACGUGUACUUCCAGCCAGCAGCCGACUUCAUACACAAAGCUCUCAAAGAAGGAGAUGGGAAGGUGCUGGUGCACUGCAUCAUGGGAAUGAGCCGAUCGUCCACCCUGGUGCUGGCGUACCUCAUGCUGUACCACCACCUCCCUCUGUGUCACGCCAUACAGAAGCUCAUCAAGAAAAGGGCCAUUUAUCCCAACAGGAAUUUCCUCGCACUUCUGUUGGACCUUGAUCUUCAGCUGAGGAGGAGGAGGAGGAGCAGGAGGAGGAAAAGUGUGUGUGUUCUUUCGUGAAUUCGAAGACCGGCGCAAAUUUCGCCGAGCGUGACGGCCACAGACGGGCGCUUUCGCGCAAAGGGACUUCGUGACACAGCAGCUGAUGUCGGCGUCACGGUUUCUGCUCCACGCGCCCAUGCUCUUUCACCGCAUUCUCCUCUAACUGAAGGCGCUACUGUGCGGCGCACGAUUCAUUUGUACAAUAUUUGUAAAGGGCCCCGAAGACCGAGGCGUUUCUGCUCAUACAACGGAAGUUACAGCGGGAAACUGUUUAAAAACUCAACAGAUGCUUCUUUUGCCGGAGGAGUGUCAGUUCUCCCGGAAAGGGGAACGUGGCCGCAGAUCGACCACGUUCUUUAUGCCGAUACCAAACCGCGGGUACGUCAAAGCAGUUGCUGAUCACGCGACCGAUAAAUGUACCAGUUCGACAUCCCUCGUCAUGCAGGCCUAUGCAGACCUCAGGCAAACGAUGCUUUUUACCCCAUUUUAAACACGGUCACUGGAGGCAAUUUUAAUUCUUGCGUAAACGGUAUUUUGAGCGUAAAUUGCAGGCUCUUCUGGGCAGUGACGCAGUGGGCUCUUGCUGACACUCCUGAGAUCAUAGAGGAGUGAAGAGAAGCUCGAGGAACUAAAAGAAUGAGCGAGUUAAGAAUGGCGGCGCGUCCCUGCAUCCCUCCGUGUCCGACAGUCGCGUUGCCACAUUUCCCACUGUCCCAUGAGACACAAAAAUAGCCACGUCUAGAGGUAUUACUUCUACAGUAUUUCCCCGACAUUAACAUACUGCUCAAGGUAACAUGUUAUAUUUUGUCGCUAAUGUUACUGUAAUAAACAUCUUACAUCAAUAACUGUGUUUUACAUUACUCGCUGGAAAUGUACAUUUACUUUUA